GUGUUGCUCUUGUUAUUGUGCGCGAGGUGAUGCAAAAUCCGGUGCUGCUGGCCGUACUUUUGGCCGCUGCGGCCUGCGGGGCGGCGGCCGAGCGCAUCCUGGCCGUCUUCCCCUCCUCCUCGCCCAGCCAGGUCAACGUCUUCACCGCCCUGACCAAGGAGCUGGCCCGCAGGGGACACCAGGUGACGGUUUUGAGUCCAUUUCCGCAGAAGGCAGCGCCGCCAGGUUACAUCGACUUCGAUCUAAUGCACGGGCCGGUCGCCGAGUUCAAAAAUUCGCUGGCAAACGAGGGGCCCGUGCUCUACUCGCCGGAGCCCAGGCACUUUUUCCACACGGCCCUGCACCUGUGGCGCGUCUCCGUCGGACUCACGCACGCCGUCAUGACUUCUCCCCAGGUGAAGGACGUGAUGAAGAACAAGGGCGGCUACGACCUGGUGAUCGCCGAGCACUUUCUGCACGAGGCGCUGCACGGUCUGGCCUGGUACUUCGAGGUGCCGCUGGUGCUGUUCGCACCCUCCGACCUGGUGCCCCUUCCCUCGGGCGUGGCACCUCUUUCCUACGUGCCGCACCCCCUACUCGCCCUCAACAAGCCCAUGAGCUUCACCGACAGAUUGGUCAACGUGCUGGCCAACGCUUUCUGGACCCUGGGAUACAAUUAUUACUAUCUGCCACAGCAGGACGCCAUCAGCAAAGAGGUUUUUGGUAACGAGGCGCCUAGCGUUUGGGAAACGGAGCCGUGGCUGGUUCUCCUAAAUUCCGAUCCAGCGUUAAACGGGCCGGUGCCCCGCAUGCCCUGGGAGGUGGAGGUGGGCGGGCUGCACGUCCGGUCGACGCCGUGGCCGCUGCCGGACGAGCUGCAGGCCUUCCUGGAUGGCGCCGACGCUGGCCUCAUCUACUUCUCGUUCGGCAGCAGCCUCAGGUGCUCGCAGAUGCCGCCGGCCCUGAGACAGGUUUUUGUUGACGCAUUUAGAGCGUUGCCGCAGCGCGUCGUCUGGGUCUACGACGAAGACGAACUGCAGGGCAAGCCGGAAAACGUGUUCAUCGCCAAGUGGGUCCACCAGCAGGAGGUGCUAGCCCAUCCAAACACGGUGGCCAUGAUCACGCACGGCGGGCCGGUGAGCGGGCAGGAGGCGGCCCACUUCGGCGUGCCCGUGGUGGCCAUUCCUGUCUUCGGCGACCAACGCAUCCGUGCCCAACGCACGCAGAGGGACAAUCUGGGCGUGAUGCUCGAGAUGCGCAACGUGACGACACCCUCGCUGCUCUGGGCCCUGAAAGAGGUCACCACAAACCCCAGGAUAAAAGAAGCGAGUGUGCAGCGUCGAGUGGCGGGGGCGGAGACGGGGGCGGCGCUGGAGAAGGCCGUCUUCUGGGUGGAGUGGGUGUUGCGGCGCCGCGGCGACGGUCGGGGGGACGCGUGGUCGGCGCCGCGGCUCCGCUUCUGGCAGCGACACAGCCUGGACGUGGUCGGCGCCGCGCUGCUGGGGCCCGCCGCCGCCAUUUUUCUACUCGUCGUUGUCGUGCUGCGGAAAUAA